UUAAUAAACAUUGUCUUUUGACAGUUGCUUGUUCGUCUCGGGAUGAUAAACAUAGCAGUAUGAACAUCUACUCUGUGCGUUCUCAUGCACUUACAUCUCUUUCGAUUUACAAAGUUUUUGUGAACCCUGCUAAACUCUGAACCAGAGACGCAGCCUAAAGAUCUACAGAAAAUAACAAGAACUAAAUAAGAAACAAGAAGGUAUUUCAUCUAGCUGCUGUCACAGGAAGAAAAUUAUGUCACAGUGGGCCGUUGCUGCUGGAGUUGGGCUCAUCACUGCAUCAGGACUCCUUUUCACCAUCUUCCGAUGGAAAAAGAAGAAAAUUUACCCUGAAAAUGUGAUCAUAUUGCACCAGUUUCCAAGAGUAUGUCAAGCACCAAACCUUUCUCCUUUUGCUAUAAAGCUUGAAACUUUUCUCCGCAUGGCCAAGUUACCCUAUCAGGUUGAAUAUACCUAUGAGAUGUCACCCAAACAUAAAAUACCUUGGAUUACAUACAAUGGAGAAGUUGUCAGUGACUCCCAGUUCAUUAUUGAGUAUUUGAACAAGAAAUUCAACCUUAACUUUAACAUUCAUCUCACAGAUGAACAACGAAGUAUUGCUAGGGCCAUGCAGAAAAUGUUAGAAGAGAACUUGUAUUGGGGUCUUGCACGUUUACGAUGGGUCUAUGGAAACUCCCAUACCAGAAAAAUUAUCCCUAUGCUCGCAUUCCAGUAUUGGUUGAUAAAGAGAAGAGUUCAACAUUCUACAUAUUGCCAAGGGAUUGGUCGACAUACUCUUGCAGAAGUCAAUCAAAUUGUGUUGGAUGAUUUAAAGGCUCUCUCUGAUUUUCUUGGUAAAAAGAAAUUCUUGAUGGGAGAUGAACCCUGUGAGACUGAUUGUGCCAUUUUGGGGAUGAUAGCUUAUUCAAGGCAGAUGCCAGAAAACUGCAUUUUAAAAGAAGUUAUUGAUGAUGAUGUAUUCCCAAAUAUAACUGCCUACUUUGAAAGAAUGAAAUCUAUGUAUUGGCCUGACUGGUUUGAUCCAACUGUGAAAUUUCCUACUUUUGGACUUCAGCCUCAAAAGAGUAAUUUCACAUCAUAAAUAGAAGCUGUAUCUUACAAGAAACAAGAUGAACAUUAAUGAAUCUGUUGUCAGAAAUAAAUAGUUUAAAAACCAAAGUGAAAAAAAUAAAAGCCAUCAAAUGUAUCAAA